AUGUCGAAGAGUACAAGAACUGUAUUACUGAUAGUAGGCGUUCUAUUUCACGUUUUUUACUUAUGGUCCAUUUUCGAUAUUUACUUCGUGUCACCUUUGGUUCACGGUAUGCGUACAUAUCGUAGUACCGAAACACCUCCAGCCAAGAGACUGUUCCUUAUUGUAGGUGACGGUUUACGUGCUGAUACUACAUUCGAAAAGGUUACUCACCCUGUUACUGGGAAAACAGAGUAUUUAGCUCCCUUCAUUAGGUCACUCGUGUUGAACAAUGCAACAUAUGGUGUCUCGCAUACUAGAAUGCCCACUGAAUCUCGUCCAGGGCAUGUGGCUAUGAUAGCUGGAUUCUAUGAAGAUGUCAGUGCUGUAACUAAGGGCUGGAAGGAGAAUCCAGUUGAUUUUGACAGUUUCUUCAACCAAUCCAGACAUACAUACUCUUUUGGUUCACCGGAUAUUCUACCUAUGUUUAAAGACGGUGCGUCCGACCCAAAUAAGGUUGAUGCAUGGAUGUAUGGUCAUGAGUUCGAAGAUUUCACUCAAUCGUCUAUUGAGUUGGAUGCAUAUGUCUUCAGAAAUCUAGAUGAAUUAUUUUACAAUUCAACCAUAGAUGCUACUUUGGAUUUUGAAAUUAAACAAGAAGGAAACGUAUUUUUCCUACAUUUAUUAGGGUGCGACACUGCCGGCCAUUCAUAUAGACCAUACUCUGCAGAAUAUUACGAUAACAUUAAAUACAUUGAUGAACAGCUUUCUAUCUUAAUUCCAAAAGUUCAUGACUUUUUCAAUGAUGACGACACCGCCUUCAUAUUUACAGCUGACCAUGGAAUGAGUGCCUUCGGUUCACACGGAGAUGGCCAUCCAAAUAACACACGAACACCGCUGGUUGCUUGGGGUGCUGGCUUGAACAAACCUCAGAUUAAUAAAGUACCAAUCUACGACAAUUACACUGAAUCAUGGAAUCUUUCUCACAUUAAAAGAAACGAUGUCAAACAAGCUGAUAUUGCUUCGUUAAUGUCAUACCUCAUAGGUACCAACUAUCCAGUGAAUUCUGUAGGUGAACUACCAUUGGCUUAUAUCGAGGGUAAAGAGACAGAAAAAUUCCAAGCUUUCUAUAAUAACGCUAGAAGUAUUUUAGAACAAUAUUUGGUUAAAGAGAGGGAAGUUAUUGAGUCUCAAUUUUUUUACAAGGAAUAUCCAAAAUUUACUGAAAAGUCACAUCAAAUCUACCUCCAAGAAAUACAUGAUUUAAUUGAUAGAAUUUCUCAAGGAGAACGUGAUCUUGAACAAGCUGCUAUCAACUUGACUGAAGAAUUAAUGACCAUAACACUAGAAGGGCUGCAUUACUUAUCUACCUACAACUGGCUGUUUGUGAGAACCAUAGUUACAUUCGGGUUCAUUGGCUGGAUUCUCUAUUCUUUUACGGUAUUCUUAAAACUAUUCAUAUUAGAAGAGAAGGAUGAAGCCUUACAGACUUCUCCAGCAAAUUACUUCGUUUUCGGAACUUUAGGCAUCUUUUUGAAUUUUGUGUUAUAUUAUCAGCGCUCUCCAUUCAAUUUCUACAUGUAUUUACUAUUUCCUUUAUAUCUGUGGAGUCAAAUUCUUACAAAUAAGAUUAUUUUACAAGAAGGUGUCACAGAAUUUUUCAAAGGAAUUUCAUUUGUCCAACGAAUUCUGGUUGCGCUUACUAUGAUAUCAAUAUACGAAGGUAUUGUUUAUGGUUUCUUCCAUCGUUGGAUAUUUACUUUAAUUUUCACUUUAUUGGCUUGUUAUCCAAUAAUGUGCGGUCAUACAAAUGCUAUUAGAAACUCUUUAUGGAUUGGCACCAGUGUUUGUAUAUCAAUUUUUACUCUAUUCGAUGCUGUCAAAAUAGAAAGUUUAAAUCAGAUAAAUGCUGCCGGUAUCUUGAUUGUUCUGAGCUCAUUAUAUGCUUUAUACACUUUGCGCAAGAACAUCAAUAGCUAUAACUUUUCACUGUUCAUGACACAAAUAUCCUUAGUAGUCAUGAUGCUUUUCGUUACAAAUAAAUCAGCAAUUUCCUUACAGCUCAGACAAGGUCUUCCACGUUUUUAUCAAAUAGCCGGUUGGAUUAUAUUUGGUACUUCUUUAAUAUUGAUGCCACUGCUACAUUAUCUAGAACCUAAUAAUCAUUAUCAGGUAAGACUGUUGGUGAUUUAUCUAACUUUUGCACCAGCUUUCAUCAUUCUCACUAUCUCGUUUGAAUCUCUAUUCUAUUUCCUAUUCACUUCCUACGUGGUCCAAUGGAUUGAAAUAGAGGCUGUAAUCAAACACUCCGAUAAAACCACUAAGGAAAACUGGCUGCAGCUACUGAGGGUGUCUGUCAUUGGCUUCUUUUUAUUACAAGUCGCAUUUUUCGGUACAGGUAACGUUGCAUCCAUUUCAUCAUUCUCCCUAGAUUCAGUUUAUAGACUGCUUCCAAUUUUUGAUCCAUUCCCAAUGGGUGCUUUACUUGUAUUGAAACUUGUUAUUCCAUACGUGGUCUUAUCUACCGGCCUAGGUAUCUUGAAUUUGAAACUAAACAUUAAGGAUUACACUAUCUCAUCAUUAAUCAUUUCCACAAGUGAUAUUUUAUCAUUGAAUUUCUUCUAUUUGUUGAAAACGGAGGGUUCUUGGUUAGAUAUUGGUGUGACCAUCUCAAAUUACUGUUUAGCCAUUCUAUCCUCCUUAUUUAUGUUGAUAUUAGAAGUGGUAGGCCAUAUUUUACUAAGAAAUGUCACUAUCACAAGUGAAGUUGAUGAAGGAAAGAAGAAGCAAUGA